GAGCGCUGCGGAGCAGUGACAUUGAGGGGAGCCGCGCAGGGCCGGGCGGCGGGCAGCGACAUGUGGGGCCGCGCCGAUAAGGCUGUUAAGCUGCUGGAAAGAAACAUUCCCUCCUUUCUGAGGAUGGGUCGGGGAGUGGGGCCGAAGGUGAGCAGGAGGCUCUGCAGCAAACCCCAGGAGGAAAGUCCAGUGCAGCCAAGAGGUCGGCCUGUUUUCCGGGUGCCUGGACACAAGCCUACAAACUGGGAGAAGAAAUGUUUGCUGUGGGCAGGCCAUUUCAAGAAGCCAGAGGAUAUACCAGAGGUUGUCUCGAUUGAAGUAAUCCGAGCAGCACAAACCACUCUGCGGGUGAAGUUCAGCUACGUAAUGAUUGCCUUGACAAUACUGGGGUGCAUAGCGAUGGUGAUCCGAGGGAAGCAGGCUGUAAAAAGGCACGAAACUCUUACAGCCAUCAACCUGGAGAAGAAAGCUCAAUGGAAGGAAGAAGCUCAGAGUGCACCUGCUAAACCUUAGAGGAGAAAAGGAAGAAACCAAGAAUGGGGAAAGAAAAGCUGCUGUCCUUUUCAGCGAGUUGCAUCUUUUUUGUGUUCAGCGUUUGUGUUCAAGAAUGAAUGCAUUAUGCUGUAGUCAUUAAAAACAAACAUCUGUUUUCUUCCUGA